CCGAGCUGAGCAGUUACUCGACCGACCAGAGAGACGAUGGGCAUCGUGAUUGUGGCGACCACUUUCAGCUGCGACAGCAAUUGGCUGCACGGCGACACGGUCUGCGAGGCAAAAACAGCCUAUGCAAGACUUGUGUACGAAGGCCUGUCCAUACUGCGGCUUGUACACUCGAUGCAGUUUAGGCGUCACAUGGUGUAAGGAGUCCCAUCAUCGAUACAUAUGAACCGGGAAAACAAUGUGGCGAACCUCCCCCUCCCCUCAAAAAUGUGAAGAUGUGACGAAUGUGUCGACCUGCAGCCAACGCUCGCCCGAAAAAGCGACGGGCGCGACGUGUCCGAGUCACACACCCUCUUCCAAGACCCAAGGGUAUAGCGAAAAUUGCUAUUUUUUGGGGGGCGGUCUACGCUGCGAGUGCGCUCGCCCACAGUGUGCUUCUAUGCCCUCCCUCUCUCUCCUUCUCUCUCUCUUACACACACACC